CAUCAACCAUGUUCUCCCUGGUGACUGGCUCGCUCUCGCUCAACGUCGGCCUUCGCGCCGUCGCGCCGUCGCGCACCGCGCCGUCGCGCACCGUCGCGCCGUCGAUGAACUACUACGCAGUCUUCCACAACUUCAAGCCGGGCAAGGCGGACGAGUUCUGGGGCGCUAUGGGUGAUGUCGACUUCGCGGCGAUGGCCGAGGCGCAGCACGAGGCGGGCAUAUACAACCACUACUUCAUGCCGAGCGACGUCGAGGGCCCGAUCAUGUGCCUUUGGGAGUGCAAGGACAAGGAGAUGGGCUCGGACGACUUCCAGGCCUUCAUCGACGGCCCCGAGUCGCCCGCCGCGGACCUCAUGAACAAGGUGUACCCGAUUAACGGCAUGGGCGUGACGCCCUCCUCGGCGUGGCCGACGAUGCCCGCCGCGCCGACCAAAUCGUCGGGAUCCUUCUUCUGGGUGAAGCACACCUUCAACCAGGGCGAGGCGCCUGCCUUUUGGGAGAGCAUGGCCACCAUCGACAUGGAGGCCUUUGCGGCGGCCAACAAGGAGAAGGGCUUCGUCAACCACUUGUUUCUGCCCACGACCGACCCGUCGACCGUCUUCUGCGUGUGGGAGUCGAAGGCGCCCAUGACCGUCCCCGAGUUCACCGCCUUCAUCGAUGGACCGGAGGGACCCUCGCCGGGGACCUUCGCCAACGCGGCCUACGCGGUGAUGGAGGGCGGCACCGUGCCAUCGGCGGCCUUCCCGGUCUCGUGGCUCGACGAGACCGUCGCCAAGAUCGAGGAACUCCUCCCGCUCAAGCUCGACGACAUCGUCGCCAAGCUCAAGGAGUUCCAGGCCGCCAAGUAGCCGCCGCGCACGUCUUUGUGUAAAGUGUAUGUGUUCGUGUCCAGCGGGCGAAGACUUGGCCGCAUGCAUGUGCGCCAUGACUUUGUACCAUCUCGGGUGCGCGGAUUGCCCGCCCAGUUCUUUUUGCAGUGCUAGUGUGUGCGCGCGCGCUAGUCCCGUGCCCAGUCGCCAGUGGUUUUUGGUUUGUUUUGAGUUUUGUGGUUGCCUUGAGUCAUGAGUGUCUGGUCACUAGAGUGCCGCUUCUAAUUUUUUUGAGCAUC